AUGCCGGCGACCGACUAUGAUGUGCGCGCCCUUGCGCUUCCGCUUGAAAACGAGGAAACGGGUGAGACGCCAAUAUGGAGUCAGCGACAAUCGUCCACCUUCCGGCGCAGCGCUUCGCAUAACAGCCAACAAACCACAUGGCGGCAACGCGCAAUGGGCAACUGGGACAAAUACUCGCGGCGAGCCCUGGACCAGUACAACAAACUAUCGCCUGUCAAGAAAGUAUUGUUCAUUAUAGGGAAUAUACUCUUGCUUGUAGGCGGCAUACUGUUCUUGGUGUUCGGUGAACGGAUAUUCGGCGCCCUGCUGCCUAUGGCGAAGAAGUGGAGGGAUGUCACAGCGGGCUGGCUGAUACUCUGGGCUCUGAUAUUCAUCGUCUCCUUUCCACCUUUGAUUGGAUAUUCCAGUCUCCUUACCAUUGCCGGUUUCGUUUAUGGCUUUCCAAAUGGAUGGUUCAUAGCAGCAACAGCGUCAGUCGCUGGCAGCACUGCAUCGUUUCUCCUUUCGCGCACGUUUCUCAAAUCCAUGGUCCACCGCCUCGUAGCGAACGACACCCGCUUCGCUGCCCUCUCCCUUACCCUCAAGCAUGAUGGCAUCAAACUCCUCGUCAUGUACCGCCUGUGUCCACUACCAUACUCCAUAUCCAAUGGUGCUGUAGCCACCUUCCCAACCGUACACUGGGCUUCUUAUGCCCUGGCUACUGCCAUUGUAUCACCCAAGUUGAUGCUCCACAUCUUCAUCGGUGCACAAUUGGAAAAGAUUGCCGAGAGCGGAGGCAAGAUGGACCCGCGCACAAAGGCACUGUCCUACAUCUCCAUCAUUAUCGGACUAAUUGCAGGCGUAACCACUGGCUGGCUAGUCUAUCGCAAGACAAAGGCCCGGGCUGCCCAGCUCGAAGCUGAAGAGCGCGCUGGUGUCCGACGUGUAAGCAUCGAGGACUUGGAGAAUGAAUAUCACGAUGAUCCAGGCGCGCUGGAAGCUGCCGAGCGGUUACGAGAAGAUGAUGAUGACAUUAGUCUGAGGACAGCAUGGGAUGAUGAGUAUCAUGAUGAGCCCCCUGAGACGGGUGAUGCAGUGGAAAUUGGUGAUGACCCCUUUAAAAACGGGGAUGCGAGCGAAGGAGAGGAGCAACACCAAGGGACGAAGAAGUAG